AUGUUGAUCAUCAUCGCCACAUGGUUAUACGUGUCUGUUCUCUGGUUCCCUGCCUUCAUAUACGACCGAGUGCUUCACCAUUACGACGAUGGGGUGUGUUACUGGGAUCCUGUGCUCAACAAGAAUCUGGUCGUGUAUGUAGGUAUGUUGGGCUACUACUUACCUCUGCUCGUCAUGGUGGGCGCCUACAUGAAGAUCCUACACGUUGUGAAAAAGAGGGCGGCUUCCAUCAGGGACGCUGGCAAGAAGGAGGUUCCUACGACCAGCCAGCCCGUGGAAAGCGACUCAGCCACGGGUGAAGCGGGCGGCGCGGGCGGCGGUGCGGGCGGCUCCUCCGAUCAGAAGAAGCUGGUGUCGGGGGCGGCCAAGGACGACAAGCAGGAGGCCAAGCUCAAGAGGGAGAUGAAGGCCGUCUACACGCUCCUCAACAUCGUCAUCAUCUUCCUGAUCUGCUGGGUGCCCUUCUACAUCCUCUUCGUGCCAAUUAAGAGAGACACCUUCUCGUUCCAGCUGAGCGCUUGGUUCCCGACACUGUUCCCAGAAUGGUACCUGACCUUCAGUUACUGGAUGGCCUACAUCAACUCGGCACUCAAUCCUAUUUUGUACCCGCUCUCUUCGCUUGAGUUCAGGGCAGCGUACAAGAAAGUUUUCUACACUGUGUUCUGCGGGAAAUGA